UCAGCACACCUCUCCUUUCCAGGCGUUCGUGCUCACGACCUGCGCUUCUGCCCCGCAGUGCGGCCGCGCGCGCCUGGGCCCCAGCAUCUCGCGCUGCCCGGUUGCCGUGGGAACGGUAGAAGGAGGCAGCGUCCGCAGACCUAGCUGUAAGCCGUACGGAGGCCCGGCCAUGGAGCUGCCGGAUCCGGUCCGCCAGCGGCUGGGAAACUUCAGCCGGACCGUGUUCAGCGACUCCAACCGGACCGGGCCGGAGUACAGCGACGGUCCUGAUAAUGAAAUGGUUUCCAGUUUGGCAUUGCAGAUGUCACUUUAUUUUAACACUUACUUUUUCCCACUUUGGUGGGUAAGCAGCAUUAUGAUGCUUCAGAUGAAGUAUUCAGUCUUGCCUGAUUACUACAAAUUCAUUGUGGUCACUGUUAUCAUCAUAAUAACCUUAAUUGAAGCUAUCAGGUUGUAUCUGGGCUACAUGGGGAACCUACAGGAAAAGGUUCCUGAAUUGGCUGGCUUUUGGCUUUUGAGUCUUCUGUUGCAACUGCCUUUAAUUCUAUUCUUGCUCUUUAAUGAAGGCCUAACGAAUCUGCCAUUGGAAAAAGCAAUACACAUCAUCUUCACUUUGUUCCUUACUUUCCAAGUUGUUUCAGCCUUUGUUACCCUGAGGAAAAUGGUAAAUCAGUUGGCAACUCGUUUCCACCUCCAAGACUUUGACCGGCUCUCUGCAUACAGAGGAGGCACGAGAAGAAUGAGAUCCUGUAUAGAAGAGAUUUGACCCAGUGCUGUUGAGUGAAAAGCUGAAAGAUCCUUUAGCAAGACUGUAAGAGGAACAUAUCAGAGAUCUAGCAUGAGAGAAAGGACAAAGCAAGUGUUUUGAACUGUAUAUUGUCUAGCUCUGAAAUUCCAAAGCUGGGGGCAAUGAUAAGACUGAUUGUACAGUACACGAAAGCAGUAAGUCAACCCUACAGCCUAGAUAUUGUCCACCUGGUGGACAAAUAUCUUAAUAUUUUUGUUGUUGACUUUUUCAGGUGUAUAGAAAUCUGCG